CGCGGUUCGUGCACCAGCACACAACUCAGCGGAGAUGACUCUUGCACAGAAGCAACGAGGAAGUGUGGGUUGAACUGUUUGAAUACUGAAAAAGCUUCCUCACAAGCGUGAAGCUCCUGAAGGCAGCACGAGCCUCGAAGUCUUUGUCUUGCUCUGCGACGACGCGUUCAAUGUUACCCAAAAGAGUGUAGGAACUCCAAUGAUUCGGGUCUGACUUUUUUUUUUUUUUGACAAGCGCUUCCUACAGAGUUGCGAUGAACUCCCACAGUGUGUCGAGCGAAUUGAACCGGCGAGCGCGUUCGGAAGUGUGAUGGACGCACAUCGAGUACCACAAGUGACCAUCACCCCGGAUGGGGGCGGCUUCUCGCGGGAGAUGAAGCAGGAGGACUGGGAGGAAGGCGAAGCGGUGGACGGGAGCCUGCGGAGGAAGCUGUCCACCUCCUCCGUCUCCUCCACCGGCUCCUCUGCGGUGGAAUCAGAGGAUGACCUGCUGAGCGACAACGAGAGCAAAAGUAAAGGCAUCAUCACUCUGGAGCCCCUGGUGGACAGCGGAGAGACCAAGCCAUGGUGGAAGUUGAAGACUAUUGUCCACUGGCCCUUUAGCGCUGCCCAAAGAAGAAAGCUAAACUGGGUGCAGCUUGCCGGUCACAAAGGUAACUUCAAAGCGGCAGACGAGGGCAGCAUUCUGAAGAAAUUUUCUGAGAAUGAGGUGCAGUGCUUUGAAAGGCUGAGAGGUGACGCUCUGCUGCCGUUCGUGCCCCUUUACCACGGCGUGGUGGAGAAAGACGGAGAAUCCUUCAUACGCAUGGAUGAUCUGCUGACAGCCUUUGACCUUCCAAAUGUUAUGGACUGCAAGAUGGGAGUAAGAACCUACUUGGAGGAAGAACUGGUUCGAGCGCGGGAGCGGCCCAAGCCAAGGGAGGACCUGUACAAGAAGAUGGUGGAGGUUGACAGCGAAGGCCCGACCGCCCAGGAACACUCCCAGUGUGGCGUCACUAAACCUCGCUACAUGCAGUGGAGGGAAAGCCUGAGCUCCAGCAACACCAUGGGCUUCAGGAUAGACGGCAUCAAGAAAUGUGACGGCACGUGUCGGACCGACUUCAAGAAAACCAGGUCGGAGCAGGAUAUCAUCGAGUCGUUCAAGGACUUUGUCGGUGACAACGUCAACAUUAUACAGUCCUACCUGAGCAGACUGAUGGAGAUCCAACAGGCGCUGAAAACAUCGGCGUUCUUCAAGCAGCAUGAGGUCAUCGGCAGUUCUCUGCUUUUCAUCCACGACCACACGGGCAACGCUCAGGUGUGGAUGAUUGACUUUGGCAAGACCACCGCGUUGCCGGAGGGCCACGUGCUGAAGCACGACGUUCCCUGGCGAGAGGGCAACCGAGAGGACGGAUACCUUUUGGGCCUGCAAAAUCUCAUCCGCACCAUGGAGGCCCUAAGCAGCGAAUGAGUCUGGCUUGGAAAGUGGACAUUGCAAGUGGGUGAAAGGUCGCCAGGCUUUUAAUGAGCAAUGAAAGCGGACUGAGGUUUUUAUGUCAAAGGCAGCAGGUGUGCACACCGUGUGGCCAAAAGUAAGACCCAGCGACAAAAUACAGGGUUGAAAGUACAUAAUUAUCCAAAAGGGCUUGGCAAGAAGAACAAUUAAGAUUCAGUUUAUGUAAUUUGCCACGAAGGAUCCAGAGAACUAGUUGGUGAGCAAACAAACUGACAGUUUUAAUUCAGCCUUCAUAACAUACGACAAAAAGAAAACAGUGUUCGUUUGAAAAUGGAAAGGAACCAUCUGCUCAUGUUUUUCAUGUAACAUUAAGUUUCCAUUUCGAGCACGACCUCAGUUUCAUGACCUCAACACUGUUUUACAGAGCUCUACAAUCCCUGCUAAAAGUUAACCUAAAUUUUGUGGCUUUCGCUUUUUUAGUCUUUUUUUUU